AUGACCGAAACUCACUUCCGAUACGACAUGGCCUCAUGGCCAGGCAUGGACGGUCUCAUUGAUUUCCAAAUGGGACCAGGAUCGAGCGAUGAUUUCGACUUUCACCCAUUCAUCGCUGGCGAUUUCCCCUUGACCGCAGACGAGGAAUUAGAUCCCUCGUGGACGGAGCAUUCACGCUGGCUGAACGAUUACCCGGCCAAAGUGAGCGCCGCUCAACCAUACCCUCAAUCAUGGUAUGAUGCCGGUCUAGUGAAACAGGACUGUGCAAUGAAUGCGCCUACAAGUCUCUUACACAACAAACCACUCCCCCAAAUAACCGAAACGCCACAAAUCCACACACGCGCAGAUCAACUCACAACACAAAGAGCCCUCUUCAUGACACCAUCCCCAAAUCCCCUACCCUACCCCUUCCCAGGAACGCCCGCUUCAGAUCCCCGGGCCUCCCCAGGACCAAGCCACGCUUCAUCCAGCAGAUGGGAAGGGGAAUUCGAGUGCGAUGAUGCAUACACUUUCCAUUUCGACGCUACACCUACACUAGACAGCCAAUACCAGGCUCAGAAUUCCCGUCCCACCCCAUCGCAUCAUUAUUCCCCCAACGAUGACGAGGAGUGCUUCACCCCGCUAGAGAUGCCGGAUGGAAGUACGCGCUUGACGUCUAAUUGGCUGCCUGUUGAUCAAGACUGUGGAUUCACGAUUGGUUCGACAUUGGCGAACGAUGAUCGCGACGCUGCGUUCCGUUCUGUUAUGGCGGUUGAUGAAAAUGUUGUUGAUUUUGGGAGGAUGAAGGGUGCUUUCUUUACUUCAGAUCCUGCGGCUUGGGGGUUUGAGAGAUGA